UUUCAUCCAAAUAUCACUGGGGUGGAGGCAGAAAACCUACUGUUAACAAGAGGAGUUGAUGGCAGUUUUUUGGCACGGCCCAGCAAAAGUAACCCAGGAGACUUUACACUCUCCGUUAGACGAACUGGAGCUGUCACCCACAUCAAGAUCCAGAACACAGGAGACUACUAUGACCUCUAUGGAGGAGAGAAGUUUGCUACGUUGGCUGAGUUAGUCCAGUAUUAUAUGGAACAUCAUGGACAGCUCAAGGAAAAGAAUGGAGAUGUUAUAGAGUUGAAAUAUCCACUGAACUGUGCUGAUCCUACAUCUGAAAGGUGGUUUCAUGGGCAUCUCUCUGGAAGAGAAGCUGAAAAACUAUUAACAGAAAAAGGAAAACAUGGAAGCUUUCUUGUGCGUGAGAGUCAAAGCCACCCUGGGGACUUUGUUCUUUCUGUCCGGACAGGAGAUGAUAAAGGAGAGAGUAAUGAUGGGAAAUCUAAAGUGACACAUGUCAUGAUUCACUGCCAGGAACUAAAAUACGAUGUUGGUGGAGGGGAGAAAUUUGACUCUCUGACAGAUCUAGUGGAACAUUACAAGAAGAACCCUAUGGUAGAAACUUUGGGCACAGUAUUGCAACUCAAGCAGCCUCUGAAUACUACCCGUAUUAAUGCUGCAGAGAUUGAAAGCAGAGUGCGAGAGCUAAGCAAGCUAGCAGAGACUACAGAUAAAGUCAAGCAAGGCUUCUGGGAAGAAUUUGAGACUUUACAGCAGCAAGAAUGCAAGCUUCUCUAUAGUCGUAAAGAAGGUCAGCGUCAAGAAAACAAAAACAAAAAUAGAUACAAAAACAUUUUACCCUUUGAUCAUACCAGAGUUGUUCUACAUGAUGGUGAUCCAAAUGAACCUGUUUCAGACUAUAUCAAUGCUAAUAUUAUUAUGUUUGAAACCAAGUGCAACAACUCAAAGCCAAAAAAAAGCUACAUUGCUACUCAAGGUUGCCUGCAGAAUACAGUGAAUGAUUUUUGGAGGAUGGUGUUCCAGGAGAAUUCUCGAGUUAUUGUUAUGACAACAAAAGAAGUUGAAAGAGGAAAGAGUAAGUGCGUCAAGUACUGGCCUGAUGAAUAUUCCCUGAAGGAGUACGGUGUUAUGCGUGUUAGGAAUGUUAAGGAGAGUGCAGCACACGAUUACACACUAAGAGAACUUAAGCUUUCUAAAGUUGGGCAAGGGAACACAGAGAGAACAGUCUGGCAAUAUCACUUCAGAACUUGGCCUGAUCAUGGAGUCCCAAGUGACCCUGGUGGUGUACUAGACUUUCUAGAGGAGGUGCACCAUAAGCAGGAGAGCAUUUCUGAUGCAGGACCAGUUGUGGUCCACUGCAGUGCUGGGAUUGGGCGAACAGGAACUUUCAUUGUGAUUGAUAUUCUUAUUGACAUAAUCAGAGAAAAAGGUGUGGACUGUGAUAUUGAUGUUCCAAAGACCAUUCAGAUGGUGAGAUCGCAACGGUCAGGAAUGGUUCAGACAGAAGCACAGUACAGAUUUAUUUACAUGGCAGUACAGCACUACAUUGAAACGCUACAGCGCAGAAUUGAAGAGGAGCAGAAGAGUAAGAGAAAAGGUCACGAAUACACAAACAUUAAAUAUUCUUUAUCGGACCAGACAAGUGGGGAUCAGAGCCCUCUUCCACCCUGUACCCCAACCCCAACGUGUCCAGAAAUGAGAGAAGAUAGUGCUAGAGUAUAUGAAAAUGUGGGGCUGAUGCAACAGCAGAAAAGUUUCAGAUGAGAGAAUGUACAGAGACUUCCAUGCAAGGGCAGAAAUGAAUAUGGUUUUUAAAAAGGUCAAGAAAGAGAUGGAAGAAGCUUCACAUGAGUGGUGAACUCUGAGGGCUUGGUACCUUUUUAUUUACGGUUUUAAUCCUUCAACAGUAGGCAAAACUUAAGACCAUCUAAAGUUGUUUAUAUCUCUUCUCUCCAAUACCUGAUUUACAAUUGCUCAUUUUCCAAAUAAAAGGAAAUCCUUUCUACAGUGUAGACAACUACUUUGUAGAGUCAGUUUUGAAUCCUGCAAACUGUUGGACUGUCAUCCAUUUGUUUUUUAAAUAGUAUUUUUG